AUGCCGCCCAACACAUCCCAUAAAAGAAAGUUACCCUUUGGGGGCUUACAAAGACGAGUGCGUGCUCGGCGAGAAGACAUAGACCCCGAGAUUGAGGAGGAGCACAGCGAAGAUGAGGAUGGCGAUGACGGCGACUUGAGUGGCGGAGAAGGGCAGAUUCCCGACGACGAGUCUGAUUCCACACCUGAAAGCGAAGAUGAUGACGAGGAAAUCGAGAGGGAAGAAGAUGACCCCUCGUCAACAGUAGCCCAAGUCUCCUUCGGGGCCCUCGCAAAAGCACAGGCGUCAAUGCCCGAUAUCCGGCGAAAGAAAGGGCGCAAAACAUCGAAUAGCGAAGACGAAGAAGAAGAAGAGAGAGAAGAAGAGCGUCGCCCCACAAGAGCAGUUUCGAAAUCUUUAAAUCCACCUAAACCCCAGCGCUCCUCCAAACACGCACCAAUGGAGAUGUCGAGCAAACGGCAGGUAUCACGGAAGCGAGAAGUCGUCAAUUUCAACAAGGUGGCCUCCCGAGAUCCGCGGUUCUCGGCAGCAUCAGGCGCAGUGGACGAGACGCGAGCGCGCAAAGCCUAUGCCUUCUUAGACGAAUACAGGGACUCGGAGAUGUCUCAGCUCAAAGCCGCCAUUAAGAAGACCAAGUCGACCAACGAGAAGGAGGAGCUGGCGCGUACACUGAAGUCGAUGCAAAGCCGCAAGGAGGCACAGGCGAAGCGGGAUGCGGAGCACGAGCUCAUCGCACAGCACCGACGCCAGGAGAAAGAGCUCGUGGCGCAGGGCAAGCAGCCCUUUUAUCUGAAGAAGAGCGAGCAGAAAAAGCAAUUACUUCUGGAGCGUUUCGCAGGCAUGAAGAAGAAGCAGGUCGACCGGACUAUCGAGCGCAGGAGGAAGAAACUCACUGCGAGAGAGCGGAAAAAUAUGCCUAUUGCGAGACGGAAUGCACCAUAA